AUGAGUGAGCUCUCAUCGUGGAUCCCCACAGGGCCCUUGGGACUUCAAGUGAACAGUGGCUCCCAGAGGGCCCCAGAAGGGAUUCCGGCAGAUGCUUCAAAGCCCCGACACAGCCUUGGCAUUCUCCAUGCCUCCUACAGUGUCAGCAAUCACGUCGGGCCGUGGUGGGACCUCACAUCUUGCCGGCACACGUGGAACAGGCAGAUCCUCAAAGAUGUCUCCUUGUACAUUGAGAGUGGGCAGAUCAUGUGCAUCUUGGGGAGCUCAGGCUCUGGGAAAACCACGUUACUGGACGCCAUGUCCGGGCGGCUGAGGCGGACAGGGACCUUCCUGGGGGAAGUGUGCGUGAACGGGCGCACGCUGCGCCGAGAGCAGUUCCAGGACUGUUUCUCCUACGUCCUGCAGAGUAACACUCUGCUGAGCAGCCUCACGGUACGGGAGACGCUGCGCUAUACGGCACUGCUGGCCAUCCGCGGCCCCUCAGGCUUCUUAGAGAAGAAGGUAGAGGCAGUCAUGGCAGAGCUGAGUCUGAGUCAUGUGGCAGAUCGACUGAUUGGCAACUACAAUUUUGGGGGAAUUUCCAAUGGGGAGCGCCGCCGGGUUUCCAUCGCAGCCCAGCUCCUCCAGGAUCCCAAGGUCAUGCUGUUUGACGAGCCAACCACAGGCCUGGACUGUAUGACUGCCAAUCAGAUUGUUGUCCUUCUUGCCGAGUUGGCCCACAGGGACCGUAUUGUGAUCCUCACCAUCCAUCAGCCCCGCUCCGAGCUCUUCCAGCUCUUUGACAAAAUCGCCAUCCUGAGCUGCGGAGAGCUGGUUUUCUGCGGCACACCAGUGGAAAUGCUUGAUUUCUUCAAUGGCUGCAAUUACCCUUGUCCUGAACAUUCAAACCCUUUUGACUUUUAUAUGGACCUGACAUCAGUGGAUACCCAAAGCAAAGAACGGGAAAUAAAAACCUUCAAGAGAGUUCAAAUGAUUGGAUCUGCCUACAAGGAAUCAGCAAUUUAUCACAAAAUUUUGGAGAAUAUUGAAAGAACAAAACACCUGAAAACCUUACCAAUGAUUCCUUUCAAAACCAAAGAUUCUCCCGGAGCUCUCUCUAAACUUGGUGUUCUCCUGAGGAGAGUGACAAGAAAUUUACUGAGAAAUAAGGUGGCAGUGUCUAUGCGUCUUGCUCAGAAUCUGGUCAUGGGUCUGUUCGUCAUUUUCUUUCUUCUGAGGCUCCAGAAUGAUGUAUCAAAGGGUGCUGUCCAGGACAGAGUGGGCCUCCUGUACCAGUGUGUGGGUGCCACCCCAUACACAGGCAUGCUCAACGCUGUGACUCUGUUCCCUGUGCUGCGAGCUGUCAGCGACCAGGAGAGUCAGGAUGGCCUAUACCAGAAGUGGCAGAUGCUGCUAGCCUAUGUGCUGCAUGUCCUUCCCUUCAGUGUCCUUGGCAUCAUGAUUUUCAGCAGUGUGUGCUACUGGACUCUGGGUUUAUACCCUGAGGCCGCCAGAUUUGGAUAUUUCUCUGCUGCUCUCUUGGCCCCCCACUUAGUUGGUGAAUUUCUAACUCUUGUGCUACUUGGUAUUGUCCAAAACCCAAAUGUUGUCAAUAGUGGAGUGGCUCUGCUGAGCAUUGCUGGAGUCCUUGUUGGAUCUGGAUUCAUGAGAAACAUAGAAGAAAUGCCUAUUCCUUUUAAGAUCUUCAGUUAUUUUACAUUCCAAAAAUAUUGUUGUGAGAUUCUUAUAGUCAAUGAGUUCUAUGGCCUGAAUUUCACUUGUGGCAGCUCAAAUGGUUCUGUGACAGCUAAUCCACUGUGCACAUUCACUCAAGGAACUGACUUCAUUGAGAGAACCUGCCCAGGUGCAACUUCCAGAUUCACAGCAAACUUUCUGAUUUUAUAUGCAUUUAUCCCAGUUCUUGUUAUAUUAGGAAUAGUUGUUUUUAAAAUAAGGGAUCAUUUCAUUAGCAGAUAG